AUGUCGCACCAUCAGAAUUCUGAACUUCUAGGGGACAGCGGCUGCUGCUUGAUGAGGAACCAAAAAUGGGUCGCUGUUGUUGGUUUAGGACGAAGGAGAUGCAAUCCGGACUGUAUUUGCCACAGUCGCCUCAGCCUCGUGCUGGUCGCCGCGAGUGGAUCCGUGGGUGUGGCCAGGGUGGCACUCGAGGUGGUUCACGUCUGCCUGCACGCGACGAGAGGAGUGGUGCCUAAGCUCUGUCGGCGGCAUCCUCGGGGAGGCGGAGGGUACAAAUCACAGGUGGGAUCUCCGCGGCGCGUAACAACGACGAGAUGCAGGCGGCAGCGCGUGGCAGGUCACGUAGGAAGGGAGGGAAGGUCGAGCCGGAGGGGGGAUGUCGCGUCGGAGUGGCAGAGGUCGUCGGGGUGUAGGGCCGUGGCGGAGGUGGUCGGGGUGCAGGGCGGCGGUGGAGGUGGUCAGGGGUGGAGCAUGGAGGUAGAGGUUAUCGGGGUGGAGGGCGGCGGAGGAGGUGAUCAGGGCGGUGCCUGCGGUGGUUGUAGGCGGCGGCGGAGGUCGUCGGGACUGGGACCCAGCGUUGGUGGGAUCGGGGGAAGACCACCCCGCGCCCACCCACUCCCUCUCCUUCCCACCUUCCACGGGCACACCAUUGGCGGGCGCGGCGCAGCCCACCUGAGCUGCCACCUCACCAUCCCACCUUCUUCGUUGCGGGGCGCCCCACCCACCCGAGCCGGCGCCCAACCCUCCCACCUUCUCCGGCCCGGCUCGCCGUCGGCCAACACUCCACCUUCCUCGGUGGAUCCAUGGCGCCACCACCUUCGACUAGCCCCGCCGCCCACCACCGCCGUCGUGCCGCAGCCCAUACCACCUGCCGCCCCACCUUUCCCCGUAGGACACCCCACCGCUCCCCACCGGCCACCGGAUCCGGCCGCCCCACCAAAAAAGCUGGAUCCGCGCCACCGGAUCCGGAUGCCACGACCCCAGGCACGACCAGCAGCACCGGAUCCGGCCGCCGCCACCGCUGCCAUGCCAGCCUUCUGCGCAGGAGCACCUACGGCGUGGGGGCGCGUCGGGACCCACCACACCUCGCUCCUCCAUCAUGCCGAAGACGUGAAGGAGUGGCUCGCCCUAACUCCUCUGCCAAUCAUGGCGGCCUGUGACUCCUCUCGCUUCAUACUUCGCAGAAUAAACGGUGCUGCAGUACACCUCCACACCGGUGGUACAUUCCCUGAACCUCAGAUCCGGCCACCUCCUCCCUGGUUUGUGGUGGAUGCUGACGACCAUUGGUGAACGAUGCCUUGCCAUUGUCCACCUCAACAUGGAGGACGAAAGCUUCUCAAGUCGUGCUGCCCAGGCCCUGUCAUCGUGGUCCUCCUCUCCUCAUCUGCUGCGAGAACAACACUGGCAAGGCGAGCAAAAAAACAGGACGACAGGCAGCAACAUAGCCGUGCAGCUCGCUGGUUCAUGGUGCAUAGUUCGGGCGGUGCCGACAAGCAGUACACGGCCACACCUGUGUCAAAGUGAUGCAGUUUGGUGUGUGCAGAACACGCAGCUCACUGCCUCCAAGUGGUGCAUUCUGGUGUAUGCAUGUUUGUAAAAAAUGGGUGUGGCCGCGGUCCAGCAUACUCCUGGCC